UCAGUUUGUUAAAAGUGGUUGAAAUGAUAUGGUCAAGUGAAAAUCUAAGCGGAACUGAAAAUUAAAAUCCCAAGAAUAAAUCAACAAGUGCGGCUAAAAAAAAAACGUGAACAAGAAAUACUGUAUAAGACCAAACAAAUACAUUGACGUUUACAGUGACUUUUAAUUUGUAUACAUUUUACGCUUACUUAUAUCCUUUUCACUUCUCAGCUAGAUGAAAGUUUUCAUUAUGCCACUACUAAUCGUUUUCUUAUUGCUUUUGGUGUUGGGUAAUACGAGCCUUUCGAUUGAGUCAUAUGAGUUAACACCUUCAGCCGAAGUCGAUACAGUUGCAGCACCAAGCCAAAUGAAGAACGUAAUCACUGUCGCUAGUAUUCGCAACGGUAAACUGUUAGAGGGUUAUGAGCUUAGUAGUGCGGAAAAUGAUGACGAAGAGGAAAAAGGUCGUGAAACAGCAGAUGUUUCAGUACAGCUCUUAAAAGAGGUUCAGCCAAAAACGACGGCCAUGGGUUUUGUUUGUACAGACAAUAACUCGUGUCAGACAUUAAUUUGUGUGGGUGGACCCAUAUAUGAUCUACGAUUUGAAUUCGAUUACAUUUUGGAGUGGUGCGGAAAUAAACCGUUUGAUGUCAUCAUAGAGAAUUGCACAUUCAACCAAAAUACUAUUAGCAGAUCCACAUUCUCAGGGAAUUUCAAGAUGUCCACUUUAACAAUACGAAAUUGCACACUCGAUACGAUCGUCGACAAUGCUUUUAACUACCAAACGGUGAAUAAAUUGACGAACUUAACAUUUGUUGGUACGCAAUUGAAAGCCUUGAACGCGCAAACGUUUCUUGGUUUAGAAACUGUAGACAAUUUCCAACUGUUUAAUGUGCUCAAGCAGGAAGCUCUGCCCUUCAGCGCUAGUAAUUUCUUGCAACCAAUGGCUGCGAGUCUCAGCAAUUUAGUGUUGCAACAAAGAGAGGAAUCAUGUUGUUCCAACGCCAUCUAUGAUCCCACUGAGUGGUUGGGUGGUAACAGCGGCACCGUCUACAGUAAAUUAUUGUAUGUCGACUUGAGCGGCACGAAUUUUAACGACACACUUAACGGUGAUACAUUCGCUAAACUAUCAGCAGUGCAGGAACUUCGGUUGGCCAAUUGCAGUUUGAGCAUAAUUGCCGAAAAUGUUUUCACUGGUAUUAUGUCGACACUAAAAUCGCUCGAUUUGCGAUAUAAUCGUUUACAGACGCUGGACGGUGAACUCCUAGCCGCUGCUAUUCCAAGAGGAAUUAACAUGGAAUUGGGAUGGAAUAUGUGGAGAUGCGAUUGUGACAAUAUGGAAACCAUUGAGUACAUGAAGCAAAUAAAAAAUAAUUCCGCGGCCGAUACGGUAUGUGCAACGCCAAAAGAACUGCAAGGCACACAAAUCCGUUUUGCGCAACUAACAUGUGAUGACACAACCACGCUUACAACAAUUAUGACGACCUUAACUUCAAUAGGAGCCACUACAACUAUAGCUGUGGAAACGACAACAAUAAAGGUCACAACCACAGAUUAUAACACGAGGGAACCGACAAGACCUACAAGUCAAGAAACUUCACCUUCUUCUACAAAUACAAUCGCUAACUCAACGUCUUCUACAACUAUAAGCGCCGAUUCAACCUUUCAGACUUCAACCUCUAUCACAUGUAUAACGCCGACAACUACUGUUGAUAGGACUGAGAAAACCACAGAGUCUAACUCAGAAACUCCAUCAACUUCUUCUACGACUACAAACAUCAACGCAACCUUGUCAACUUCAUCCUCUACAACAAGUAUAAUGUCGACCACUACAGAUUCCACUAUCAUUAACACAACAGAGUCUCACUCAGAAACUUCAUCAACGUUUUUUACAACUGCAAACGACAACUCAACCUUACCGACUUUGUCGACUUCUUCGUCGACCACAAUUAUGAUACCAACAACUUCAGAUGAUAGUGAUGAGGAUACAACUGUAUCGACUUCUUCGGGUGCAGCAAGUAUUCAUCGAUGGUAACAACAUAACUCAUAGCACUUCGCUGGAAGUUUCUCAUUUUAAACAUGUUUUCCCGAAACGUUAUUAAAAAUCCUCCUCCCUCAUAUUAGUCGACUUGAUCUAUUCUACAAAAAUGUAUACAUACGUAAAAAGAAAUAAAAAUAUAUGCAUUA